AUGAGCGGCGCAUCAGCCAUCGGCGCCUUUCCACAGACGCCCCAGACCUCAAAACGAGGGCCUGCGAGGGCACAAGUACCAACUUCCAAAUCGACGACAUCCCGCACAAGUCCAUUACCCGUUGCUCCACAGCAAGGGACAUCAUCAGCGGCACCACCAGCUCCCGUAAUUCCGCUCCAUAUCCUCGACGCCCCGACACAGCGUCUCUACGCUUUCGGCUUCUAUGCCGCCCUCCUAGCCUGGAAAUUUUACGACUGGGCCCAGCUGGUGGAAGAAGACACAGAGUCGUUUUGGCACUUUUUAAAAUGGAUUGCGAUAGACUGCGCGUUUCUAUUUGGGCUCCCAGAGCUGAGGAUACCAUGGCUUGAGCUGUCACAACCAUUCGUGGUGGCAGCCUUCUUCUCACAUGCCAUCUUUGACUGGCUUCUCAUGUUCAAUAUCGGGUUUCCCUGGCAAGCAUGGAUCCUUGGCUUUAUCAAGGUUUUCUACGAUCGCGAACUCGCCAUCUCCGAGCACAAUGUCAAGAUGUCGAACAUUUUGCAUAAUUCAUCGUUAAUCAUGGGCCGUCAAAUCAUCAAUAUUCUUCCCGAAGGUUCCGCCGUUCUCAACCCAGAACUCCACCCGUACUGCCUUGGCCCCGACCGCAAGACCGCACUGCUACCCAUCUUUUUCAACGCGACUAUUCCGGUCGAAGUUGAGCUAAUCCGCACCGACCUCGAGACCAAUAACCAGGAAUCAAUCAAGCUGUCUAGGGUGCAACUUCGGGAUAUCGAGCGCAAGGUCAAGAGGGAAAGUCAAGAGGGAGUGCAAACCGUGGUUCAGUUCGAUUACCCCGUCAAAAAACCCGGCGUUUACCAGUUGGGACGAGUCCUCGACGAGUACAAGUUGGAGGUCCAGAGGAAGAGCCCUCAGACCUUCGUUGUGCCGUGCCCGAAGGCUUGGGUCGGCCCCACGAGCUCCCCUGGACGGUGCUUAGGAGACCUUUCGGACGUUUCUCUCCAAGUUGAGGGCACGCCACCUCUCAAAAUCAAGUACAGCCGCACUAUCAACGGGAAGGACCACAGCUUCCACUUCCAAAGCCUCCAACCCGAAGGCUUCACUUCCCCACUUGGCGGUCUCCGCUCAUCAACUCUAGUUGGUCUCGACGAUGAAGAUAUUUCGUGGGCUAAGUCCCAGCGGGUUCCAGUCGGACUUAACGAGUCGAUGCACGCCAGCGGAGACUGGCAGUACUCGGUGGAUGAGGUCCAAGAUGGGUUUGGCAAUCUAGUCAAGUACGAGCCCUCGCCUGACGACCCCGAUCUGAAGCCGAAGCCGAAGCAUCUCGUGCAGAAUUUUGUGGUCAAGGAGCGCCCGCAGGUGCGGCUGGAAGGCUGCGACCUUAGGAGGCCGCUGAAAGUUGCGAAGGGCGACUCAAAAGAGCUCCCUGUUCACUUCAAGAUUGCGGGUCAGACUCCCGACAGCACCGCGCACACUUUAACCAUGCAGUUCUCGCCGAUCGAUACACUUACAGAGAGUGGCGACCAUGGCGAUGUUGUCUCGACGGUGACACACAACGCUAAGAACGCUCGUGACCGGCCUUACAUUUCGGCCCCGGGUCUCUACACACUCAAGUCCGUUUCUGCCGGUUCGUGCGAAGGCGAAGUGCAGGAGCCGUCUUCCUGCCUUCUCCUCAACCCUCUUGAGCCUAAGGUCACCUUGCGCACCGAGGAUAUUCCCGAUACGUGUGCUGGCAACUCCAUUGGCCUGCGUGUGGACAUGGACCUUAUCGGGACCCCGCCAUUCAUCCUCCGGUACGAUGUCAUCUCUAACGGGGAUCGCCGGUCUGAGAGGGUUAGCAUCCCCGGCCUUCGAUACCAAAUGGAUCUCGUUCCUCGCGUUGCUGGACACCACAAGUACAUAUUUACGCAUAUUGGGGAUGAGAUCUAUAACCGGGGGCGAAAGUUAACCGGGCCCGAGUAUGUCCUGGAACAGGAUGUCAAGCCUGCGGCAUCAGCUCUCAUCCAACAUAGCACGGGCAAGUCCAGCUCGUGCCUUGGUGACGAGGUUUCAACUGACAUCAUACUGCUUGGCGAUGCUCCGUUCACGCUCGAGUGGGAGAUCAUUCAUGAUGGCAAGAGGAAGCAGUACAAGGCUACCGACAUUGAGGGACACACCUACAAGAUCAAGACGCAGCCUUUGACACAAGGCGGCGAGUACACCCUGGGUUUGACUACGGUGCAGGAUAGGCGUGGUUGCAAGAGCUUCCUGCAAGAAGAGUUCAAGAUUUCCGUCCGGCGGCAGAGCCCGCGCGCCGCCUUUGGUCAGGUCGAGGGCAAGCGCAAGAUGCUGGCUGUCGAGGGAUCGACUGUCAAACUUCCGGUCCGCCUUACUGGGGAAGGGCCGUGGAAAGUCUUUUAUUCGAACCUCGACGAAGGGCCGGAUGGUAACCCUAAGGUUUUGGAGAAGGUCGUGCGAAAUGAUAAUGGGUUCCUGGAUGUCAAGGGUCGGGGCAAUUACACUAUCACGGACGUCUGGGACAACCAGUGUCACGGCGUUGUGGACACGAGAGCGUCUCGCUUCGAGGUCGACUGGCACCCACGCCCGGUUAUGGAUGUGGCGCUCUCACAUGGCCUUACCCGUACCGAUACCGGGUUUGUCAUGGAUGAUGUCUGCGAAGGUGAUGUGUCGGGCUUUGAGAUUCUUUUGCAAGGAACACCACCGUACACCGUGGAAUAUGAGCUUCGCCAUAGUCCCCUCCAAGGGUCCAAUGCUUUGAGCAAGAGGAAACUCGAUGCCACGCUUGGCAAGGAAACAAUCCAGGCGGAUACGAACAAAGCAGGCACGUACACAUACAAGUUCACCGCCCUGGAAGACAACCUGUACAGCAGCGAUCGCAAGUUCAAGCCCUUGGUGGUCAAGCAAAAGGUCAACCGAAAGCCGGCCGCGUCGUUCGCCAAGCCAGGCCAAACCUUCAAGUACUGCAAAUCAGAACAGGACAACGAGGACGGCAUCCCGGUCACACUUACCGGCGUCCCUCCCUUCGCUCUGGAGAUCGAGAUCAAGCACCAGAGCGCAGCUGUGCCCGAGAUCUACCGCACACCCGCCAUCGACUCGCACUCGUACGAAAUCCGCAUCCCACGCCAUCAGCUUCGCCUCGGCUCGCAACAGAUCCGCAUCCGCGACGUCAAAGACGGUAGCGGCUGUCACUCCAUGGCUGAGCUCGGCGGGCCCGCGGUCCAAGUCCAACUCUUCGAAGCCCCCACUAUCUACCCGCUCGAGACCCGCACCGACUACUGCGUAGGCGAGCGCAUCUCGUACACCCUCUCGGGCACGCCGCCCUUCGAUGUGUGGUACACCUUCGACGGCGUUGAGCGCAAGGCCAAGUCGCCAACCACCAGCUUCCGCCGCGUGGCCGAGGCCCCCGGCGAAUUCGCCAUCACCACCAUCGCCGACCGCGCCAGCGAGUGCCGCGCGCCAGUCCACAUGACUAAAGCCAUCCACCCGAUGCCUGCCGUGCGCAUCAGCCAAGGACGCAACGCCCGCGUCGACAUUCACGAGGGCGGCGAGGUGGAGAUCAUGUUUGAGUUCUGGGGCACCCCGCCCUUCGAGUUCACCUACACCCGCAGCACGAAUGCGCGCAAGGGUCAGCGCAGCCAGGUGUUGGAGACGAGGCAUGAUGUGAGCCAUGAGCAUAGCAAGGUGGUCAGGGCUAGCCAGGAGGGCACGUAUGAGGUGGUGGCGAUCAAGGAUAAGUAUUGUGCGUUUUCGACGCAGGGGGCGGAUGUAGGUGGAAAGGAAAAGAUCAAGGGAAAGGGAGGGCAGAAAGUCAUUGGGUUUUGA